UGGAAGGAAGCCUGUAGGAGUUUCUGGAGUUUAGUCUCUUUCUGGAGUUUAGUCUCUUUCUGGAGUUUAGUCUCUUUCUGGAGGCGUCCUCUCCUGUGAGCAGCUGCAGCCGGGUCCAGUCCUCUCCAUGGAGGAGCCGAGCCGCCUGGUGUCCACAGGAGACUGUGUGAGGAUCUGGGAUGCGGUUGCCAUGGCGCCGCUGGAGCAGUUUCACCCUCACAGCAGCAGCCACCCGGUGGCUCAGGCCUUCUGGGGCGCCAACAAUCAUUACCUGGUGACCUCCAGCUGCAGCGGAGACAAGCUGGUGGUUUCCAGCCUCAAGUCCACUCCGGUUCCACUGGUGGAACUCGCAGAGGGGAAAAGGCAGACCCGUGUGUGUCUGAGUUCCUCGUCCCAGUUUCUGUUGAGUGGAGGUCUGGAUCACUGCGUCCACCUGUGGGACCUGAAGACCAAGAGACUGCACCGCUCCCUGAAGGACCACAGAGAAGAGGUGACCUGUGUUUCCUUCAACUCCAACGACAGCUACAUCGCCUCCGGCUCCACCAGUGGAGAUCUGGUGCUCCACAGCCUCACCACCAACCAGUCCAGCAAGGCCUUCGGCCACGGCAGCAACCAGCCCAUCCACGACCUGAAGCUCUCCCUGCUGAAGCGCUCCCUGCUGGGCAGUGUGUCCGACAGCGGCAGCGUGGUCCUGUGGGACUCCAACACCCAGAAGGAGAUCCAUGGAUUUGACUCCGCCCACAAGGCCCCGGGCACGGGCCUGGCCUUCUCACCGGCCAGCGAGCUGCUGGUGGUCAGCGUCGGUCUGGACAAGAAGAUCGUCUGCUACGACACCGCCAGCAAGAUCGUGCUCCGGUCGAUCCGGGUGGACAGUCCUCUGACCUCCGUGGACUUCACUCCAGACGGGACCGGUCUGGUGGUCGGAUCCACUCAGGGGAAGAUCUACCAGUACGACCUGAGGAACUCCAGCACCCCCACCAGGAUCACCGCUGCACAUAAAACCUCCGUCACGUGUCUGCGCUUCCAGAGCAACACCAGCAGACACAAGUCCAGUAAACUGGGCGCCGGCAAGAUUUCCAGUACGAAAAGAUCCUCAACCAGAGUGUCCAGCAGUCAGCCAGACUCCGCCCCCCACAGACAGGUGACAAGUACAGGGGUCGCUGACGCAGACGUGAUGUUCCGGGAAGCUGAGGGUCACCAGGGGACCGAGCCGUUUCCAGCGAUGGAGAAGAUGAGCAGCGUGGGACGGAACAGUCUGGACGUCUUCUCUCCUGUACGAGACGACCUGAGGACUCAGGGGACGACUGGAGAGACGCCGUUUGGACGGACUCACGUAACCAGUCUGGAGAUGUUGUCCAGAGAAGGCGAGGGUCAGCAGGUCGUGGGUCGGGCCAGUCUGGACAUCUUCUCCCCCGUCAGAGAAGAUUCUCGUUUAGGUGCCGGCUCUCAUCGUAAAACCCCCCUGGUGGCCAGUGCAGGUCGGUGCUACAGCCCACUGUCGGUCUUCCAGACCCCGCCCAUCAAAGAAGAAGAGCCAAUCACGGCUGCAGCGGAGGAACCAUGUGACUCCAGGAAGUCUGAAGAGGCCAGCAGCUGCAGUGUGGAGGGGGGGGUCCAGAGCCCGCCUCCAGACGCCCAGCUGACCAAUGCCGGCCAGCCGCCCCCCCCCUUCUUCACACCAGAGCCCAGCCUCAGGAGAGCCAAUGGCUUUCAGGCUCAGCUGAGCUACGACUCACCUGUCCACGUAGCUCCGCCCACUACAGCCGCAGGUCCGGCUCUGUCUGCCUCCGCGUCCGCCUCGCUCUCCCAGAACAUCGCUGAGGUGGUCGGACAGGGAGGAGCUGCUCCUCUCUCCUCCCUCCAGAUCCACUUCAUCCAGAACAUGAUCCAUGAGACCCUGGAGGACUUCAGGGACAACUGUCACAGAGACGUGGUCAACCUUCAGGUGGAGAUGGUCCGACAGUUUUACAUCCAGCUGAACGAAAUCCACGGUCUGAUCGAGAAAUACUCAGUGAACGAGUCUCUGGUGGAGGAGAUCGAGAAGCUGAGGGAGGAGAACCGCCGCCUGAAGACCAACUACUGAAGACCCCCCCCCCCCCCCCAGCAGGGGUCCGAGGACAAAGACAUGGAGUCCUUCCUUCACUGACUCUGAGCCGUCACAUGCCUGGAACAGCGCCUCCUGCUGCUGAGGAGGACGCAGCCUCACACAUGAGAGAUGUUUUGUAGUUUGGGACUAAAUCCUUGAACUGAACUGAGAAACAUCAAAAUAUGAAUCUGUAAAUUAACGAUUUGCUAUUGUGAUGAAAACAUAAAAAUAUAAUUUCCACAGACAAUAGAGCUGAUAACAAGUUCAGUGGUUUUCACCUGAAGACGAAUACGUGUUUGUAUCUCAAGAAUAAAAAAGAUGAAAAUAAAACAUGAAACUGA